AUGGUGGCGACUCGUAUCAUCUUAGCGCUGGCGCUGGCGCAAACUUCGGCGCUCGUCCCACCAGCAAGGCGCGUCGCGACGACGCUCGCCGCCACACAGACUGAUUGCGGCUGCGAGGUCAUGACCGGGGACGUCCCGACCAAGGCGCAGACGAUGCGCCAUCGAUCGGUGGUCAGCGACCUGCCCCUCCUCACGACCGACGGCACGCGAACGACGCUCAAGACUUCGAUACCGGAGCGCGUCGCCGUCGUCGCGUUCCUGCGGAGUUUUGGGUGACCCUUCUGCCAGGAGCUCCUCGUCCAGCUGGAGAGGCGGCGCUCGGAGCUCGAGAAGGAGGGCGUGGGCCUCUACGCCGUGGGCAUCGGCACCUCUGAGAAGGCGCGACUUGUGGCUGACCACGUCGGCUACUCCCCUUCGAAGUUACUGGCGGACCCGGACAAUUUGUUGUACGACGCCCUUUCCUUGAAUGCGGGUUUGCAAAGAACUUUUUUCAAUCCAUCCACACCCUACGCCAUCUUGGAUCGACUCACAUCAAAUAAAAUGGGCGAUUUGAAUGACGUGCUCGGCAAGUGGGGAGACGCGUUCAUCAUUCCGCCCAAGCAGAGCCAAGCGUUGAACCAAGGGGGCUUGUUCGUUUUUGACGGCGAGGACAGCGCGUUCGUCCACUACGACGCGUCGACGGGCGCGCACGGCGAUCUCGACCAGGCCGUCGCCGUCGCGCUCGCUCGAGCCUGA